AUGGCGUCCAGGGCAUUCCCAGCUCUGGUCCUUCUCGUGCUCAUCUGCGGCCAGCUCGUGGUCGGCGGCCAUGCCCAGCCCUACAUCGGCGGCACCAGGGGAGGAGGAGGAUCUGCCGCCGGACUGCGGCCACCGACUUCCACCGCCACCCAUGGCCACUCCUCCACCAUUGCCAUGGGAGAAGACAAGUCCUUCAUGAUCAACAGCCUGCCGGCGCACGACCACCCGCUUCCUGUCCCGCCGUCCGGGGAUCGAAGAGGGCUGGUCGGCCAGGGCACCCAUCAGUCCGACACACUCCUCAACCAGAACACCUGCGGGUAUGAGGCCGCCGUAGCCGCCUGCCACCAAUUCAUCUUCAUUGUUGAACUACUGCAUCUACCUUGCCCGGUCUAG